CUCAUGCACACAACCCUCUCUCGUUUCCAUUCAUUCAUGCGAAGGAGAAGGCGCUCAGCCAGGCGUAGCUCGUACACAUUCACGUCAAGAGCAGGUGAAGAGGGAGGAAAGAGCGUAGAGCUGUUUUGGCAGAAAGAGGAGGCAAUCCGAGAGAGAGAGAGAUAAAGAGAGAGAGAGAGAGAGAGGGAGGGAGAUCUUAGUCUGCCUCAGAUACAGUAUUGGGUGUGUUACUGUGAGUGUGUGCACUGUAGAGAGGUGUUGUUCACCAUGGCUGGCACCGUGUUUGGAAGGCUCUCCCUGGAGGAGGGGGACUCAGCCAACUCCCUGGAGGGCCUGGAAAUCAAGCUUGGGGGAGAAGCCAUGCAUCAGGCCUUGGACACACUGAGUGACAGCACAAGCUCCACAACUGCCAAUGACCUGGACCUCAUCUUCCUCAAAGGCAUCAUGGAGAGUCCAGUGGCUCACGAGCAGUUUGAGGAACCCAAGCUCGAGGCUGUGAGGGAGAACAACGUGGAGCUGGUCCAGGAUAUCCUCAAGGAGCUGACUCCGAUCGCGCACAGGAGCCAGGCAGCCGACGAGCUGGUCCGCAUCCUGAAGGAGCCUCAUUUCCAGUCCCUCCUGGAGACUCAUGAUUCUGUAGCGUCCAAAAACUACGAGACUCCUCCCCCCAGCCCCUGUUCCUUCAUGGACGCAGCUCUCAACAACCAGCCUGUUCCCCCAGACGCAGUCAGGAUGGUGGGCAUCCGUAAGGUGUCUGGCGAGCAUCUGGGAGUGACGUUUCGAGUGGAGAGCGGCGAGCUGGUGAUUGCCAGGAUCCUUCAUGGUGGCAUGAUUGACCAGCAAGGUCUGCUCCAUGUGGGAGACAUCAUCAAGGAGGUGAAUGGAAAGGAGGUGGGCAAUGACCCCAAAGUGCUCCAGGAGAUGCUGAAGGAGGCGAGCGGCAGUGUGGUACUGAAGAUCCUGCCCAGCUACCAGGAGCCACACACAGCGAGACAGGCCUUUGUAAAGUGUCACUUUGACUACGACCCAUCCCACGAUAACCUGAUUCCCUGUAAGGAAGCAGGGCUGAGCUUCAACAGCGGGGAUAUUCUGCAGAUUUUCAAUCAGGAGGACCUCAACUGGUGGCAGGCCUGUCACAUAGAGGGAGGCAGUGCAGGUCUAAUUCCAAGCCAGCUACUUGAGGAGAAGCGGAAAGCGUUUGUAAAGAGAGAUCUGGAGCUCGCUACCGCAGGUCCUCUGUGUGCAGGAAUGGGUGGUAAGAAGAAAAAAAAGAUGAUGUAUUUGACUACGAAAAAUGCAGAAUUUGAUCGGCAUGAGUUGCGGAUAUAUGAAGAAGUUGCCAAGGUCCCGCCCUUCAGGAGGAAGACACUGGUUCUGAUUGGUGCCCAGGGGGUUGGCCGUCGGAGUCUGAAAAACAAGCUGCUGGUAUCGGAUCCCCAGCGGUAUGGCACCACCAUCCCCUUCACUUCCAGAAAACCAAAGGUGGAUGAGAGGGAUGGCCAGAUGUACUCCUUCAUGACCCGUAGUGAAAUGGAGUGUGACAUCAAAAAUGGCCGUUUCCUGGAGCAUGGAGAGUACGAUGGAAACCUGUAUGGCACUAAGAUCAACUCUAUACAUGAGGUGAUAGAAACAGGAAAGAUCUGCAUCCUGGAUGUCAACCCACAGGCGCUCAAAGUCUUGCGGACGUCAGAGUUCCUGCCCUACGUUGUGUUCAUCGAAGCCCCAGAUUUUGAGGUUCUCAAAGCUAUGAACAGGUCAGCAAUUGAGUCAGGAGUGGUCACAAAACAGUUAACGGACUCUGAACUAAAGAGGACGGUGGAUGAGAGCGAGCGCAUUAAACGGGCCUAUGGACAUUACUUUGACCUCUGCAUCGUAAACGACGGCCUGGAAGCGGCGUUCCGAAGCCUACGGUCGGCAUUGGAGAAACUGACAACGGAGCAGCAGUGGGUCCCUGUCAGCUGGGUCUUCUGAGAGUCACCAGGGGCUCACAGGAAAGGUAGAAGCAGAGGAGUACUACAGCUAUCACCAUCAUCAAGAUUGGGAAUCUAGGAACACAUUUCCAUAAUUUCAGGAUUUUAUUAUUUGCAAGUCAAAACUUCCCUUCCUGUAUGCUGACAUUCAGUCUUGAUUUGAUUUGGCUACUUACAUAAAAAUAUUGAGUAUCGCAGUCAUAACUUGAAUAGUGUCAGCCUGCUGACAUUACUGUGAGGGGAAGAAAAAGGACAUAUAGUACAGCAGAUACAACAAUACAGUUAAGUGAUCUGGUCUUCUGUCAUGCCAAGUCUUUGAAAUGAGAGUUGGACCAAAUACUGAAUGUAGUAAUUCUAUGGAAGCUCAGACAGACAAGUUAGAAAAAAUAAUGUGAUCUCAAACUCUUUUGUGUCAACAGGUGAAAAGGGUGGAAAAUUUACCACAGAUUUAUAGAUAUGGCAUAAUGAUUAUUUACUUCUUUAUUUUGUCAGGAUCAUUUUUCCAAGUGUUUGUUGUUGUAAUACUGGUUUCUGCCAUAAGAGGGUUAGAUGCGCUUAUACCCUUUGUGUUAUUGAUCCCACUGCUUUUCUCUGCAAGAACUGUCCUACUCUGCCUGUGGUUUGAUAUUUUGUACCAUAACUCCAACAAGUCUCACAGCUCCUGCAAAAACUAAGCAGUCCAACCAACGAUGGCAACCAAUCAGAGGCAGAGUCAGGCUGGUCUGGCUAAGAAUAGCAGGACUAUCUAUAUUAACAGAACAUGUGGUAUCGGGGCACUUCAUCCCCUUGUGGCCAAAAUGAGUAUUACAACAAUAAAAAAUAAAUAAAUAACUAAAAAUAAGAUGGAAAAAAAAUAAGAAACCUAGAUUAUUCUUGCAAAACCUUUUUCCAUCUGUUUGCACAAAAAAUAACAACCAAACAAAAACUUUUUUCACUUAUUCUUAAGACAUAUACACAAGAGAACAGCCUAUUUAGAUCAGAAUUUUUAUACAACAUACGGGAAGAGAAUAAUAUAAAACAGUAAGCAGUCUUUUCUGAGUUUUUGGACAUGCAGUUGGCAAAAAUCAAUGAGUGGGGGUGAGCUGACAUUGCAGGAUAUGAUACUGUGUCAGAUUUUACUUUAUCUUAGUUUACAGUAUCCCCCUGAAAACCACAGUGACACUGCAGUGUUUCACUACCAUUAAUGCCGUUUUAAAAACUUUGAAAGCAUCCAAAUAGUGUACAACUAGAAAGUUGUUAGGAUCUCAAGAAGUAGCGUGAUUAGCGUACUGUUUGACUUUAUACUAGUCUGAGUUUCACAACUGACAGUGGACCUUCAUCCUAUAAAUCUGUCACUCUUUACAACUGUAGGAAAAAGUCAGUUUAAUUCACAUAAUUCCAACAUACUUUACACUAAUGACACAGAAUAUCAUUUUUUAUCAUGAUAUUACAGCUGGAUGAGUGCUUACCUUAUUUAAUAAUCCAAAACAU